AAGUGGGAAAAGUAGAAGAAAUGGGCAAAGUAAUUCCUGGUGCUUCUGAACAACCGGAAGAAGCAAAAGUUCAUUACUACCCUCUUAACAAUCUUAUUGCUGGUCGCAAAGAAAAAUUAAUUGCUUGGCAAAAGCAGAAAAAUAGUGAUUUAGUCUCCUUAAUGGGAAAAUUAAAUAAUUUGGCCAUCGCCAACAACGAAAAACUCAAAAAAAUUUUAGAAACCCAAGAAAUUGCUUUUGGCGAAAAAACUGAGCAAAUUUUUACCGAAUUGAAAAACGAAAAUCUGAUUUGUCCCCUUUGCGAAAA